AUAGAAAACAAGCUUGAAGCAAAAGACAAAAGCCUUCAGAAAAGAAUACCACGUUCGGUACCAAAAGGAAAGGAAAAGAACUAUAAGUAUAUGAUUUAUACUGAAGAGAUGGAAAAUGAAGAAGACAGAGAUAUGGUUAUGUUGCAUUUAGUCAGAAGAAACAACAAAAGCUUUUACGACCUUGCUAAGAUUUACAAAUCUGACAGAAAUUGGUUCUAUCGCGAAAACUUACCGAUUUCAAUGACACCAAAUGAAGAUGUGAAACAAAUAGUUCAAGAUACGUUACCUCAAACACACUAUGAUAUUAAAGGUUGUACAAUACUUACCUUCAAAGAAGAUUUGUCAUUGUUAAAGGAAAAAAUAACAGAGUAUUUUGACAACUUCAAACAAGUAGAGUAA